CCCAGUUCCGCCCGGAGUUCCCAUCCCAGCUUCCUGCGGCUCCCACAGCCUGUUCUGCCAAAUGCCCAUCAAGAUGCUCCUUGUUCAGGCCUAGGGUUCUGCUCAGAUUUUUCCUUUUUUUUUUUUCUUGGAGUGUGUAUGGGUGUGUGUUGAGAGCCACCAUGUGGGUGCUGGGAGCUGAGCCCUGGUUCUCUGCAAGAGCAGCAGGCACUCUUCACUGCUGAACUCUCUGUCCAGCUCCCACUGUAUUUGAGACAAGGUCUGUCGAGGGCCUGGAGGUCACUGAUUAGGCUCGGCUGGCCACAGGCCGGCCAUGGAGUCCUCCCAUUUCUGCCUGCCAGUGCUGGGAUGGCAACCCCACCAGCACACCCAGCAUUCUUUAGGUGGGUUCUGGGGGAAACUCAGGUCCGUUUUACCAACCCGGCUACCCUGGCCACAUCAGAGUGUUGCUUGGCAGGUGAGGUGGCACUGAGGCUGCCAGGCCUGCCCUGGGAACCUCUUUGUGAGUGACAGUCCUAUCCACAGCCCCAUUCCUCAGAGCUUUGUCCCUCUCCUUCAGCUUUCAGAAUCACACACCCCAGCAGUGCUGACUGAGCCGACAGGUUUCCAUGCUCAGUCCGUAAGAACGUGCAUUGUGCCGUCCCUUCCAGUGAAAGCUGUUUGGAAUGUCAUGGGGGCAAUAGGAGACUUCAGCAGUGAUGGAGGAUGGUGCCUGCCCUCCCCCAAGUUUACUUUUGAGCAGAACAAAAAACAGUGAGCUGUGGAGAAUAAGAGCCAUAACCGUGAACGUGAAGUGAAGACUCGGGUAGUGUGUCAUUACACAGGCUGGGGGCGGGGUGUCUGUGGUAGUUGCACGCACUGGAAUUCAGGCACCUCGGGAUCUCAGGAUGGUUGACGCCAACGGGCCCCUGAGGCCUGCUUUCUUUCUUUGACAGAUCCAGACAAGUCCCUGAGGUAUAGGCACAUGGGGGUUACAGUGUGGGGACAGCUACCUCUAAGGUCUUGUCCUGACCUCGCUGCCUCCAGGUGGCACAUGGCUGGCGCUGAGCCUCAGUGACUGCCUGUAGCCACAGAAGGUGGCCAAGAGUUUCUUCUUGGCUCUGCUGAGCUUUAGAAGAGGGACAACAUGAUGCCGGUCUGGGGAUAAGGAUGUGAGCAGGUUCCUGCCUUCCCUAGGCUCAGUCCCUGUGUCUUGGUGUCUGCAAAAGGAGAGGUUCCCACAGACAAGCUGGGCAAAUUCAGCAAGUAAGAGCAACACUAGGACCUGUGACACAGGCCUGUCAUCCCAGCAGCUCGGGAGACUGAGGCAAGAGGAUGGAGAGUUUGAGGCUAGCCUGGGCUACAAAAUGAGUUCAAGAACCAUCUGGGCAAUUUAUUUUUUUUAAUUUUUUAAAAUUUAAUUUAAUUUAAUUUGAUUUUUUCUAAUAUAAGCUUGAUACAGUACAAAUUCUUAUCCUAAUAGUGAAAUUUUUCAUUGAAGCUUGCCCAGUGAUUGAGUAAAAACAAAACUUAUUAUAAGCCACAGUCAUCCUAGGGUCCCCCCUGCUAUGUAGCCUCUCUGGUUCUGUGGGUUGCAGUCUGAUUGUCCUUUGCUUUAUAUCUAGUAUCCACUUAUGAGUGAGUACAUACCAUGUCUGUCCUUCUGGGUUUGGGUUACCUCACUCAGGAUGGUAUUUUCUAGUUCCUGCAAAUUUCAUGUUUUUCUCUGCUGAGUAGUACUCCACUGUGUAUAUGUAUCACAUUUUCUUAAUCCAUUCUUCAGUUGACGGGCAUCUAGGUUGUUUCCAGGUUCUGGCUAUUGUGAAUAAUGCUGCUAUGAACAUAGUUGAGCAUGUAUCUUUGUGGUAUGAUUGAGCAUUCCUUGGGUAUAUGCCCAAGAGUGGUAUGGCUGGGUCUUGAUUGAUUCCCAAUUUUCUGAGAAACCACCAUACUGAUUUCCACAGUGGUUGUACAAGUUUGCAUUCCCACCAACAGUGGAGGAGUGUUCCCUUUGCUCCGAAUCCUCUCCAGUAUAGACUGUCAUUAGUGUUUUUGAUCACAGCCAUUCUGACAGGUGUAAGGUGGUAUCUCAGAGUCGUUUUGAUUUGCAUUUCCUUAAAUGUCUUUCAGCCAUUUGAGAUUCUUCUGUUGAGAAUUCUCUGUUAAGCUCUGUAGCCCAUUUUUUAAUUGGAUUGUUCAGUAUUUUGAUGUCUAGUUUCUUGAGUUCUUUAUAUACUUUGGAGAUCAGUCCUCUGUCAGAUGUGGGGUUGGUGAAGGUCUUUUCCCAUUCUGUAGGCCAUCUUUUUCUCUUAUUGGCCAUGUCUUUUGCCUACAAAAGCUUCUCAGUUUCAAGAGGUCCCAUUUAUUAAUUGUUGUUCUCAGUGUCUGUGCUACUGGUGUUAUAUUUAGGAAGUGAUCUCCUGUACCAAUGCGUUCAAGAGUACUUCCUACUUUCUCUUCUAUCAAGUUCAAUGUAACUGGAUUUAUGUUGAAGUCUUUGAUCCACUUGGACUUGAGUUUUGUGGGCAAUUUAUUAAUGUCCUAUCUCGAUAUAAUAAGAAAAACAGGGCUGAGGAUAUAGUUCAGUGGUAGAUCACUGCCUAGAAUCCCCCAGUGAGGGGCUGGGAUGUGGCUCAGUGGUAGAGCACCUGCCUAGAAUCCCCCAGUGAGGGGCUGGGAUGUGGCUCAGUGGUAGAGCACCUGCCUAGAAUCCCCCAGUGAGGGGCUGGGGUAUGACUCAGUGGUAAUGCAUUUCAGAAUGUGUGAGGCCCUGGGUUCUACCCACAGCAUCCCCCACCCCCUGCCAAAAAAGAACAAAAAUGAGCGGACUUGUUUUGACUUUAGCGCCUGGCCCAGAUCACAGUGGCUCCUGUGAUUGCUCGGAGGGUGUGGCUGGUUUGCGGUCCCCUGGGGAAGUGACUGGUCUACGGACAAGGCUUCUGGGCAGGACCGGCAGAAGGACUUCUUGCCUGUUUGUCAGUGGGAAGAGCUGCUGCCAGGCCUUCCAGUCCCCAUGUGUCUGUGCCGCACUUAGUACCAUGUAGAACAGGUGCCUCAGAGCCUGGAAGGAAGGACCCGCCCGCUUCUGUGACUUACAGGGCCCUGAGCUAGGCAGCUGAUGGCCCCGGAACCACUGGAAAAGCUGGGCUUUAGAGAUAUGAUGGAUGAGAAGCCAGAGGCCAAGGAUGAAUGUUGAGAAGAGAGCUACAGAACCACGUCCCCAGCUGCCUGCAGCAGAGCCUUCUGUCCAUGGGGCCAGGAGACCUGAGACUCACCUGUGCUGCCCAGUGGAGGGCGUCCCCAAGGGGACUUUAGAGCAUGGCUCAGCCCUGCAGCACACCCCAAAACGUCUCCUCAGUUGUCCUUGGUUUCCCUUCAGACAGUGGUUUUAUUCUUCCAUGUGUAUGUCACAGGAUUCUCUCAGGGUCCAACACCGAUGUGCUAAGAUGUCCUGCCCUGUGUGGUCGUCACACCACAGAGCCCUGGACAGCUCUCCACACUGAGUCUUCCUGUCACAGACCUGAGUCUUCCGACCAGAACCUGUCAAUGAAACUGUGCGCCCGCAGAACAUCUGCCCUUCGUGCUCACAGAUGCACACCGGCUUGCUUCCCUUUGUCUGUGUUCUUUUUGAACAAAACUGGAAUACAAAGCAGGAAGAAUCCAGAGACAGCAGCAAAAUGCCAAUGCCAAGUACCACCAGGCUCAAGCACCCUCGGAUCUGUGCCUUCCCAGAGCUGUCGGAGAAGAGCUAGCCCAGUCUGCUUGCCUGGCUCCUGUCUGACUGGUGAAAGAUGGUACGAGAUGGGGGUGGGGUAUAGGUGUGGUGGCCCACAUCUUUAGUACUCAAGAGGCAGAGGCAGGUGAAUCUCUAAGUUCGAGGCCAGCCUGGUCUACAUAGUGAAUUCCAGGACAGCCAGGGCUCCAUAGAGAGACCCUGUUGGUUUCAGGCAGCAACCCUGGUAUUUCACAGGCUCUGCUGAUGCUGGCCCCUGGGCACAGGCUGCCCUUGCUCCAGUCGAUGUGAGUGGCUGGGAGCCCCGUUUUCUGUUGCACAGAAGGACUCUUUCUUGGUUAAACCCACAGUCAAGUACCCCCAAGGUCUGCUUGUUUCCACAUUCUUACUAAGCCUGGCCACACAGCGCAGGCCAGCAGCAAUGGUUCACAUACAAAGCAUUUCACAUUUGACGCAUGAGCCUUGGUUUAUCGCUCCACACUGGUGUUGUCACAGCACUGCUCAUAAUUGUCAAGCUCACUCACUGGAGUACGAGAUGCCUGUGUUCCGAGCUAGCCAGGCAUGGUGGCGCACGCCCUUUAUCCCAGCACUCGGGAGGCAGAGGCAGGUAGAUCUCUGAGUUUGAGGCCAGCCUGGUCUACAGAGUGAGUUCCUGGACAGCCAGGGCUACAUAGAGAAACCCUGUCUGGAAAAAAGAAAAAAAGAAUUCUGAGCUGGUGGGUCCCAGCCCAUACACCCCACUAAAUGAGUAAAGUCUGCCAUGUGUUUCAAAGGAAAGGGUGCAGGAGGCUACACAGCCAUCCACUGUAAACAAACAAAAAAAGGAAUAAGAAAUUAGAAUAAACGGAAGUGCACCAGCAAGGUGGGUACUUGAGCAACAGCACGGGGAACCACGUCACGUCUUGAUGGUGACCCACACUCAAAAGAGCUUGGGUAUGGAGGACCACAACAGUAAGCUAGCGGAGCUGGGCAGGGUGGGAGAUGCUGCUGUUAGGCAUGGACAGGAGGGCAGGUGGCUCAGUUGGUAGUGCGCUGGCCUAGCAUGCACGAAGGCCUGGGUUUCAACCCCAGCAUCACAUAAACAGGCAUGGUACACGGCUGUAAUUCCAACACUAGGAAAGCAAAGGCAGGAAGGUCAAAAAUUCAAGGUCGUCCUCAUAGUUCAGGCCUGGCAUAGGUCAUAUGAGACCCAGUCUCUAAGUGGGAGGCUGUUGUGGAUACAUUUACACAAUGGUUCCUGGGUCUGGGAGUCAUGAUGUCCUGGGUCUGCUGUGUCCUAAUACUGGUG